CCAGAUGUGCUACUCCACCGACUAGAUUUCCUCUCCAUCACACGCGUUCAGGAAAUCGCAGUAGUUCUUCUGCUAACUCUAGCUAGCGCGCACGGUAGCGAAGCGAAGAUGCAGGGGGCAACGACCAAGACACGCAACGCCGACCGCGGCGCGGCGAGGGCGGAGGGGAAGGGCGACGAUGCUCGCGGCGUGGCGAGGACGGAGGGGAAGGACGACGCCGGCAGCAAGGUCGGGGGGAACAUGGCGAAGGGCGACGCCGGCGGCAAGGUCGGAGCCUUGCGCGGCUUGUCGGCGUCGUCCGAGGAGGCAAAGGACUCCCAGACCAUCGUCGCGCUGCAGUCGCCGGUGACCGUCAUGCGCCCCGUCCGCGGCGACCUCGAGGAGCACGUCCCCAAACCAUAUCUGGCGAGAGCUCUGGCGGUUCCGGACAUCUACCACCCCGACGGCACCACGGAUGACCACAGGCACCACCACCUGAGCGUGAUGCAGCAGCACGUCGCCUUCUUCGACCGCGACGACAACGGCAUCAUCUACCCUUGGGAGACUUACAACGGAUGCCGUGCGCUUGGAUUCAACAUGAUCAUGUCUUUCUUGAUCGCGCUCGUCGUGAACGUGACCAUGAGCUACCCCACCCUGCCUGGAUGGCUGCCGUCUCCUUUGUUCCCAAUUUACAUCCACAACAUCCACAAGGGCAAGCACGGGAGUGACUCUGGGUCCUACGACAACGAGGGCCGGUUCAUGCCGGUUAAUUUCGAGAACAUCUUCAGCAAGUACGCGCGCACGUCACCCGACAGGCUCACAUACCGCGAGCUGUGGUCGAUGACUGAGGGGUUCCGUGAAGUGCUCGAUUUCUAUGGCUGGUUUGCAGCGAAGCUGGAGUGGUCGAUCCUGUACGUGCUGGCGAGGGACGAGGAAGGGUACCUGUCGAGGGAGGCCAUGCGGCGGGUGUACGACGGCAGCCUCUUCGAGUACGUGGAAGGGCAGCGCCAGCAGCACGCCAAGAUGUCCUAG